AUGGGGAGAGAGGGCUGCUGGAAUCUAGAAAUGCAGGAAUCCACAGGGGUUGGGCAAAGCAGAGGCAGCCGCAAGAAUCUCUCCUCCCCUCGUCCACCCCCGUGGGACGCUGCGCCGACUCAGCAAAAUCCAACACUGGCAGCAACCGAGGAAAAAGGUCUGGCAGCGGGCGACAGGUGCCGGCGGGGCAGUGAGGCCUUGGGUUCGAGUUCUGGCUCCCAAGCAGCGGGGCUCGUUUUUGGAAGAGGGGCGCGCCGUGUUUCGAACCCCGGCACGUCUGCAUGCCCUCCCCGGGACUCCUCCGACGCGCAGCGCAACCCCGCCUGCUGUCGCUUUGUUUUGGCUUUCUGGGGCCAUUGGGGGGGGGGAAGGGCGCCCCCACCUUGGGCUGAGCUGGCGCGGGAGGGGCGGGAGGGGCGCUCCUCUGUUGCCGGCCCCCGGGGCGGCCACGUGCGCGGGAGGGCGCUCCAAAACACGGCUCCCUCCGCCCCGUCCGGGCCCGUGGCUGGCUGGCAGGGGGCCGAGCGGCCCGACCGCGGCCUCGCCCCUCCGCCUGCUGCUCCUCCCGCUCGCUGGCUCGCCCGCCCGCCCGCCCAGCCGCGCCUGGCCCGGCCCGCGCCCGCUCCAGCGUCCGCUCCCGGCCCGGCCAUGGGGAGGCGCCGCCGGUCCCGGGAGCCGCCGUCCCGCCUGCCGCCGGGGCUAGUGGUGGGGCUGGCGCUGCUGCUGCUGGCCUCGGCCUCGGCCCUCCUGCUCGCCUCGCUCAGCCUCCUGCUCGCCGCCUCGCCGCGACCCGCCGCCGCCGCCGCUGCGCCACAGGAUCUCCUUUCUGCAGACGAUGCUGAGGAAAUGGAUCCAGUGGUGCUUUCUGCCAGCUGGAGCAGCCAGGGCAAGUUGCUACACCAUUUUGCCCAGGAGGGGGCGCUGCGGCAGCGAAGGCAAGCUACUGGCAGAGGGAAGCGACGGUCCUCCAAAGCCGGCACAGUCUUUGCAGCGCACUACGAAGUGCACCCCCCAGAAGGACGCGGUGGCAUCCAGGCAGAUGGCAGCGGCAUCAUCCGUGGCUGGGGAGAGGCCAAGCUGAACACGAGCAGCCCCCUCCGCUACAACAGCAGUCGAGGGGAGUUCACCGUGCUCAAGAGGGGCCUCUAUUACCUGUACUGCCAGGUUCACUUCAACGAGGACAAGGUCAAUUAUAUGAAGCUGGACGUGGUGCUGGGGGGCCAGCUGGCGCUGCGCUGCGUGGAAGAGUUCCGCCCCACCAGCUCCGGGCCCCAGAAAGCCGAACUGAGGGUGUGCCACGUCUCGGGGCUGGUGCUGCUAAGACCGCAGGAGACCAUCCGGCUCCAGACCAUCCCCAAGGUCCAGCUGAAGGCUGACCGCUACCUCACCUACUUUGGCCUCUUCCAAGUCCACUGACAGCCUGGACAGUGGGAGGAACGGAGGGUUCCGGGUCCUGGCGGGGGGGCAAAGGGGAUCUAGUUGUGGGGAGAGGAAGGAAAUGGGCGCUGGGUGUACUCCGCCGGCGUUCUGUGCUUCUAGCUGCACCGGAUUCAACCGCGAGGGACCAUCACGUCCCACGGACUCUUCUCCGAGUUCGGGUUGUGGUCCCCCCUUCCUUGUUGUGACCCCCACCCCCACAAAAGACUCCACGGUCCCGUUUGCAGCCUGUGGGAGGGGAACCUUAGCCCAGCUGCAUCCCUUUCGUUGAAUCACACAGACCACAUCUGGACCCUGUCAGCAGCUAUCAGCCCAAAAAGGCGUGUUCCCGAAGAUCUGUGGACUGCCUGCGUGGUCGCCACGUGUCCUUUGCGGAUUAUAUUGUCUUCCAAGUGCUGCUAUGCUUCUCUUCUCUGCCGGGCACCGUGCCGUGGUGAAUUGCUACGCCUCAUGCUAUUCUGCCGUUUCCUUUGGUUUGUUGGAAGUGGCCGAACUCUUCCAGAAAUCUCGCGCCGACGCUCAGGAGCUAGCAGGCUCAUCUGUAUAUACAGGCUGCAGUUCCAGUGGCAGCCAGCAGGAGGAGGAGUGGCGAGACACAGAAGGACAGGGAGUGGCCAGCUUUGACUAAUCCCGCCCAGCCGAACCAACGAACAGCCAAUGGAACGACAGGAACCUUCCCCAUUGGAUGAGGAAAAGCCCUUGGGGCAUAUUGGUUGAGGGCAGCCCUUGGGGCAUAUCUCACCUGUUCAGCUGUUGACUGAUUUAAGGUGGGGCAGGAGAGGAGAGAAAGGUGAUGUUUGUGAAGGAGGAGUGGAGACAAGGUGGCAGUUAUCAUUAUUAACACCGACAGAAAAAUUUUAAUGAAAAUUUCUUGAUAAUAGAA